UUCGCUGAAGAAAUCAUGAAAUGUUGAACGGUGUAGUGAUCAAUGAUAAUUUUAGUACAUAGUUUAAUUUUAUAACUUUUUUUGUAAUAUUUUUGAAUACGAAUAGAGAUUAGUAAUUAGAAGUUUAUUAAAAGAUGUUGAAUUUACUAUGAAUAGUUUUAAUGUGGAUCAAGCAGUUCAUUAUGUAAAAACUAUAGCCGAAAAAUGUCGAUGUGUCAGUUGUGAUAAGCUUAAAGGUCUUCGCGUGAGAUAUCCUUGCGGGCAUUCGGUUUGUGAAAACUGCGUGAUAACAGCCGAAGACUGUUUACUCUGCCUUUCACCGCCGGAUGUAUCCACACACAUCAUAGAUGGUCCUCUAAGCCUCCGUGUAGAGCAUGCUUCAAAUCUUUUACAUUCUUUUCAAGAACUAUUUCAGUUAGAUGUUUACAGGAGGCAAAGAGUUUCAGAGCAGUUACAAUUGGAAAAGCAAUUGUUUCCAGAAUGCAUUCAAGCCCCAUCAAAAUAUUCUAAUAGCAGAAGAAGCUCCAAUAUUUCAAUACAAAAUAAAGAAAUUUUAAAACAUUCACUUCUUCCUGGUGAAAAUACCUCAACACCUAGUAAUUUAAAAAUGGAGAACAAAAUGAGCUAUGUGCAACAAUGGUUAAAUAAAAGUGAAACAAGCCUAAGGGAGUCUAAGUAUAAUCUACCUCGUAAGCCUUUCACAGAUUUAAAUGUGAAUGGUCAAAAUGUUACAAGACCCAAGACACAAAACAAAGUUAUUAAAAAGAAAAAAGCUCCUAGUAAAAAUAAAAUUCCUUUAAAAUCGUUUAACUCUGAUUUCAAAGAUAAAUCAAAGUUAUCUUUAAAGAGAAUAAAACAAGACUGUGAAAAGGAUCUAAAAUGUGAACAGAUUAAAUGUGACAAAAAUGAGAGUGGUAUCUUUAUUGAUGAUGAUGAAAUUGUAGUCAUUGAUGAAACUCAAAGUUUGGAUAAAGAUAAACAAGCUUGGUUAGCUGUGAUAGAGGCUGAUAAACUUAGUCCCUAUGAUGAUACAACUGUCUCUAAGUUAUCUAAGAGUGAAAUUGAGAUAGUUGUAAAUACAAAUCCUGUAGAUAAAACAAUUCAGUGCCAGAAUGUGGAAGCUAUGGGCAAGGUUCCAUUUUACAAAAAAAGUUCACUUUAUAAAUCAAUCAACAAUCAAUUUAAUAAAAACAAAAAUGAAAACACAGAUAAAACUAAUAAUGUUACAAUUACAAUAGACAGUAGUAGUUUCACAACUACUAUUCAAUUCUAUGAAGAACAAGAUUAUACUACAGAUAGAACCAAAUAUUCCAUAGGUGUUCAGACUGAUGAUGGAAGUAAUUUCAAAUCAGAUUCCAAUCAUUUCUCUAAAAUUGUUGAGUUAAAAGUGCCAGCAACUGAAAACAGCAAUUGUAACAAUAAUGAUCAUAUUAUUACCAUAUCAGAUAAGAGUAAAAAUAAUCAUCCAGAGAGUGCUGAUCUGUUUGGAGACAUUGCAACAUUGGAAGCCAAUCAAAAACACACACUUCCAUCUGUGAAAGAACCAAAAUAUCUGAUAAUAGAUGAUUCAGACUCAGACAGUGAAAUAUCGCCAAAUUUAAAGGACAGUUUAAUAGAAGUUACUGCAGAAGUACACAAAUCUGAAACUGAAAAUGAUUCCAUUGUUCUCUCUCAACUGGAGCAAGGAGAGUAUGAACAUAGAAUGAAGCAUGCAGUUCGAGGACAUACUCCGGGUAGCACCGACUCUUCAGACAAGGAGAACUAUGACCCGAACAGAGCAAAACGUCGGAAGUUAGACAAGAAAGUUUGCAGUAAAAAACAUUGAUUUCGCACAUGUAUAAGAAUUAAUAUUAUUUGUUGCAAGUAUCAUUGUAUUGUAUUUAUUUUAUGUUUUAUAAAGGAUUUUUAUUGAAAUAUAAGCAGUUGUUGCACAUUC